CUCCAGGUUGAAAAUGUCCGCUUGGUAGAUCGAGUAUCUCCUAAGAAAGCAGCCCUGGGUACUUUGUAUUUGACAGCCACUCAUGUCAUAUUCGUGGAAAAUACACCUGACACGAGAAAAGAGACGUGGAUUCUUCACAGUCAGAUUUCCACCAUCGAAAAACAGGCAACGACCGCGACCGGAUGCCCCCUGCUCAUUCGCUGCAAGAACUUUCAGAUCAUACAACUCAUCAUACCGCAGGAAAGAGAUUGCCACGAUGUGUACAUCUCUCUGACACGACUCGCGAGGCCAGUGAAAUAUGAGGAGUUAUAUUGCUUCUCCUUCAACCCCAUGCUGGAUAAAGAAGAAAGAGAACAAGGCUGGAUGCUGAUUGAUCUUAGUGAAGAAUACAAGCGAAUGGACCUCCCUAAUAAUUACUGGCAGCUCAGCGACGUGAAUAGAGACUACAGAGUUUGUGACUCUUACCCUACUGAACUGUAUGUUCCCAAAUCGGCCACGGCACACAUCAUAGUGGGGAGUUCCAAAUUCCGGAGUAGACGGCGAUUUCCUGCCCUUUCUUACUACUAUAAAGAGAACCACGCCUCCAUCUGCCGGAGCAGCCAGCCCCUGUCCGGGUUCAGUGCCCGGUGCCUGGAGGAUGAGCAGAUGCUCCAGGCCAUCAGGAAAGCCAACCCAGGGAGCGACUUCAUUUACGUCGUUGACACUCGGCCUAAACUUAAUGCAAUGGCAAAUCGUGCUGCAGGGAAAGGCUAUGAGAAUGAAGACAAUUAUUCCAAUAUCAAGUUUCAGUUUAUCGGGAUAGAGAACAUCCAUGUCAUGAGGAACAGUCUGCAGAAAAUGCUGGAAGUGUGUGAACUUAAAUCUCCCUCCAUGAGUGAUUUCCUGUGGGGUCUGGAGAACUCUGGCUGGUUAAGGCACAUUAAGGCCAUCAUGGAUGCAGGAAUCUUCAUCGCAAAGGCAGUUGCAGAGGAAGGGGCAAGCGUGCUGGUUCACUGUUCUGACGGCUGGGACAGGACGGCUCAGGUGUGCUCUGUGGCCAGCCUCCUGCUGGAUCCACACUACCGGACUCUGAGGGGCUUCAUGGUAUUAAUUGAAAAGGAUUGGAUUUCCUUUGGUCAUAAGUUUAAUCACAGAUAUGGCAAUCUAGAUGGUGAUCCAAAAGAAAUCUCUCCAGUUAUUGACCAGUUCAUUGAGUGCGUCUGGCAGUUAAUGGAACAAUUUCCCUGUGCCUUUGAGUUCAAUGAGAGGUUUCUGAUUCACAUUCAACAUCACAUUUACUCCUGCCAGUUUGGAAACUUCCUGUGUAACAGCCAAAAGGAGAGACGAGAACUCAAAAUUCAAGAAAGAACGUACUCAUUAUGGGCUCACCUGUGGAAGAAUCGGGCUGACUACUUGAAUCCUCUGUUUAGAGCUGAUCACAGCCAGACCCAGGGAAGCCUUCAUCUGCCCACAACACCAUGCAACUUCAUGUACAAGUUUUGGAGUGGAAUGUACAACCGCUUUGAAAAGGGGAUGCAGCCCCGACAGUCAGUUACGGAUUACCUGAUGGCAGUGAAGGAGGAAACGCAGCAGCUGGAGGAGGAGCUGGAGGCCCUGGAAGAAAGGCUGGAAAAAAUUCAGAAAGUCCAGCUAAAUGAUACUAAAGUGAAGAGUAAGCAAAGUGAACCCAGCAGACACUCAGGGUUUUCCACCUCAGACAACAGCACAGCCAACACUCCCCAGGACUACAGCGGGAACAUGAAGUCAUUUCCGUCCAGGAGCCCUUCACAAGGUGACGAGGAUUCUGCUCUGAUUCUAACCCAAGACAAUUUGAAAAGCUCAGAUCCAGACCUGUCAGCCAACAGUGACCAAGAGUCCGGGGUGGAGGAUUUGAGCUGUCGGUCUCCAAGUGGCGGCGAGCAUGCCCCGAGUGAGGACAGUGGCAAGGACCGCGAUUCCGACGAAGCUGUGUUUCUCACUGCUUGAAGUUUCCCUUUGGGGUUCCAAAGUAAAGGACACGCAAGAAACACUUCCAAAAAUAAGGGAACGGUGCAAUUUAAAAUUAAAAAACAAAAACAAACAAAAAAAACACCUCAAGAAAUGGUACAUGGUAUUGAGAGUUAUAAAAUGCAGCUAUGAAAAGGGAAAAAUGUCUUAGUUUCUUUAGAUAUUGGAGGACAGGAAGUAGCCAUUUCUUUUAUCGAAUAUAAGGAAAAUUAUUCAACAUUUUGAAACUCAUUCUAGACUAUGAGAAUCGUAUUCACUGCAGAGCAAUUAUUUCUGUCAUUCCCCGAAGUUCUCAAUAUAAACCCUCCUAUUGUAGCAUGCAGCAACUCAAAAAGCCCCAACCCCUUACCCUCACACCUGUUAUCUUAAAUCUGUCCUCUUAUUUUACUAAACAUUUUACAUUACCUUUCUUUCUGACUCUGUUAUCAAUAUUUCCAAAAAAAGGGCACAUUGUUGAGAUUUUUUUUUUUUAAAGUUAAUAGAUAUAUUCCUCAGGAGCUUUGACAAGCUUUGUAAUUGUUUAUGUGAAGCUUAUCUUUCAGGAAUAA